UUGUACCCAGUACUCUCGAGAUUCAAGUCUGUGAUCCGCUAGAGCGAUCUCUCCCUAAUUGGCGAAUCAAUGCCACCACGGAUAGUUCAUCUCCGCGUCGGUUCGAUUUGAUAAGAAAAGCAUAGUAUGCCUCGAUCCAUGGUCGUCCUCGGCGGGGGAAUCUCAGGGUUGGCCACGGUGUUCUACUUGACUCGUAUACCCGCGAUCAGACGCAUCACCCUAGUGGACAAAAAAGCCCGCCUAGGCGGCUGGAUUCAGAGUACGAGAUAUCCUUGCGGAACGGUGGACGAGCACGGACCGCACAGUAUUCGUAGCGUCGGCCCGGCUGCCAAAAAUACAUUCACAUUGAUCGAGCAACUCGGUCUUGAAAAAGAGCUCAUCCCAGUGGCACCGAAUACUCUAAGAGGUCGUCUCAUCUACUACGAUAACGGGCUCCACUGGCUCCCGUCGACGUUCGGCGACCUCGUGAAGAUCCGAAAGCCCUUCACGGUACCUCUGAUCUUCCCCGUGGCGAGAGAAAUCCUCCGAAAGCCUGAAGCGAGUGAAGAUGAGAGCUUACACAGCUUCGUUCGCCGGCGCUUCAAUGCUCAGCUCGCAGAUUACGUCAUCGACCCGAUGUGCCGCGGUAUCUGUGCUGGAGACUCGAAAGAGAUCAGCGUGCGCUCCCUCCUACCACAGGCCUUCCACGCGGAGAAAAUCUACGGAUCCGUCGUGAGAGGCUUACAGAAAAUGAGCGAAAACCCGAACCCCACCGGACUUGCCAAGAGGGCCCGAGACGAGAAAUGGGGCGCCUUUUCGUUCCAGCAGGGUCUUCAAACGCUCAUCGAUAAAUUGGUCGAGCACAUCGGCAACGAUCCACGCGUAACCAUCUACGAAAACGAAGAUAAAGUCCAGCUCUCUGAAGAUAACGGGACUUUCACGGUCCGCUACGCCGGAGGUGAAACCGUAGCUGAUCAUCUUUUUGCCUGCGUCCCAGCGAAAGCGCUUUCGAGGAUGAUGUCCCGAGUGGAGCCGAGCAUGUCCACCGUGCUCCUCGAGAUUCCCAUAGCACAUGUCGUGUCCUGCACUCUCGAGUUCCCCGGGCACCUUCUGAAACACAGAGCGUUCGGAUACCUUGUACCGUCAUCGCAGAAGAGCCGAGUGCUGGGAAUGAUUUUCGAUAGCUGUUGCUUCCCCCAACACGACGGACAGUUCAUCAAGAAAACUCGAGUCACGUGUUUAAUGGGCGGUCGGUGGUUCUCGGAGUAUUUCGGGGACAUAAAGCAAACGAACGAGGCUCUUUUCGCCGAAACCGCCCUGGAAGCGUGCAGGGAUCAUCUUGGAAUCACGGCCAAACCUAUCCGAGAUCUCACGAAUAUACUGCCGAAUUGCAUCCCCCAAUACCAGGUGGGGCACUACAAGACAGUCGAGAAACUGAAGAGCAUCAUCGCCGAGCGGAAGCUGCAAAUGAGUCUUUUGGGAUCGUCGUACGAGGGACUCUCCGUGAACGAUUGCAUUUUGAACGCCAAGAUCGCUGUUGACCGGCUGGUCGAAGAACAAAAAAUAAACUGAUUCCUCUAAUCGGGCAGCUGGAGGAUCUGUCCACUCAGGUUUUCCAAUGAGCUCGAGCCGCCAUUAUGAAUGGAAGCUCGUUGCAGCCAUGAUCCAUGACCCGCUGAGACCGAGUCGAAUUUGAUCCUUGGACAGAAAUUCGAGUCCAGGAUGGUUUCCGAACGAGUGUUUUAGAGACGAGAGUCAGAUUGAAAAAACGCUAUAAUAAUCUAGAUUAUGCAUCGAUGUGAUUUGCUCAGUGCCUCGAAACCAUCCGAUUGUUCCCCAGAAAUGAGUCUCUUCUUGGCAGAAUGAGACGAUGAGCAAUUACUGUCUCACAUACUCUCUUUAUUUGAAUAUAAUAUAUAUUACAGUA